GAGAGAUAUGCAAAUAGAGAAAUUCCUAUAUAUAGCAAAGUCUUUUCUCAUGUUUAUACGUACAUUUCCUACAUUGACAAAACACAAGAAGACGACUUCAAUGGCUUCUAAUCUUCUCCUCAUCGUCCUCCUCGUACUCGUGUCCCUCUCUUUAGCUUCUGGAUAUUCUUUUUCCACGAGAGAUGCUGUCUCAAAACAAGACGAUGAAUCCUAUAUUAUGACUACGAGUGAUCAAGAUUCUUCAAUGGUCGUUCUUGAAGAUGUAGUAAAAGGUCGUCGUCUUCUAACCAGAGUCGUUCGCUCGGGAGCUGUUGUGAAUAAAUCAAGUUCAAAGAGCUCUCCAAGCAAAAGUAAAAAAAAAGAUUCGAAGAAGAAAGAAAAAGAUAAGAAAAUAGGAUCACUGGCUGGUGCGAAAAAGAAACUUAAGAGCUUUAAAAUAGGAGCAUUGACUGUUGGACUUGGAGCCUUGAUCGGGAUCAUCAUCGCAGCAGUUGUGGGUUUCAUUGUGAUCGUCGUUGUUAUAUGCCUUUUAUUAGUUUGCUGUCUCAGGCACAAAGCAAAAAAGGCUAAAAGUACUACUGCUGAAAAACCUAAUGGGACAUCGGGAAAUCAGACUGCUAAAGCAGAUGAUCAUGUCUAAACAACAUCACCGCUAUAUAUCACCACCUCGUUGGGAGCUCAAAGAUUUAUUUUAUUUUUUCUCUGUGUGAUUUUUUAUUAGUUAAUGAUCACUUGAUUCUGUGUUAUGUCUUUUGAAUUUGCGAUGUGUACAUAUUGAUUAUUUCUCUUACGGAUCUUGAUUGUAAGGACAGUAUCAAACUCAAUAAUGAAAUUGGUUAAAACAAAC